GCUCGCAUUUCUUCUAUCUACUUGUUCUUGCUGCUGUGCAACUGGGAACCUACGCAGAGGCACACGUGCACAUUUUCUAUCUAUAUAUACACAUAUCAUACACAGCAACCUGCGCGUAACGGGAGGAUCGGUAUACUGAGAAUGAAGGACACAGGGUUUGCGGCGCAGCUGAACACCACGGGCGGUGCCAACACCUACCGGUUCAAGUCUUUCAAGCAGCGCGUCGAGGGGAUCGAGAUCAAUGUCUCGCGGCGCGUGAAGCGCGACCUCGAUGAGCCCGAAGAGUACGACUCGUACCUGGCCGAGGCUGUGCUCAAGUGGGGCGAGCUCAACUGCACAAACGACUUUACAGAGCUUCUGAGGAAGAUCAGAGACUACCAUCCAGAGCAGAUCGUCGGCGUGCUGGAGGGCUACCUGUCGAUGGAUCACGAAGGCGUACUUGAGCCUUCUGGUCACUACGCUGGCGCGGGAUCUCCAGGACGAAUUCAUGCCGUUUUACCAGCAGCUGGUCCAGCGCAUCCUGCCGCUGAUGAAGGUCGAGAACCCCGAAAUCGUCGAAUGGUCGUGUAAUGCCCUCGCAUACUUGUUCAAGUAUCUGUCAAAACCCCUGGUUGCCAACCUCAGCUCAACAUUCGACCUCGUUGCGCCGAUCCUCGGCACAGAGCGGCAGAAGGCGCACACGCGACGGUUUGCAGCCGAGUCGCUGGCAUUCUUGAUCCGCAAGCUGCGCGGCGACUCGCUGCAAACGUUUGUUGGCCAUGUUGUCCAGGCACUGGUCGCGUGUCCAGACAAGC